AUGGCGGAGGGGUGGCAGGCAUGGACAUGCCUGGGGAUGAUCUUUGGGAUGUUGGUUUGCCUGGUGCUAGAGGCUGGACCUCCAGACAUGAUCAUGAUGGGAACGCUAAUCUGCUUCAUUCCUCUGGGGAUCCUCAACGUGGAGCAAGCGUUGCAUGGGUUUUCAGACAAUGCUAUGCUAUCAAUAGGAGUGCUCUUCAUCGUUGCAAAAGGUAUUGAAAUGUCCGGAGGUCUGGAGUAUGUGAGCAAAAUCAUGUUCAAGACCAAGUCUCAGCCAGACCCUAAGAGCGGAGAAGUAGCGAAGGGCCAGAGUCUAGUCUGGGUGCUCAUGAAGUUCAUGAUUCCGGUGGCUGUCUUCUCUGCAUUCCUGGCCAACAUUCCUCUCGUUGCAAUGAUGAUACCGCCGGUGGCCGACUAUGCAAGAAGGUUGAACAUGGCGCCAUCUAAGGUCCUCCUCCCUCUCAGUUUUGCUGCGCUAUACGGUGGAACGUGGACCCUGAUUGGAUCUGGCACAAACCUUGUUGUGUACUCCUUGGCAAAUCGAGCAGUCCCAGAGAUGAAGAUGAAUCUGUUCGAGUUGGGGAUCGUAGGCAUUCCUGUCACUGUGGCUGGCAUUUUCUACAUCGUGGCGCUUGGAGGCAAGCUGCUUCCAGACAGGCUGGCAAUGAGCAGCUCAACAAUCAAUGCCAGGGAGUACAACGUCGUUCUGGAGAUCAAGCCAAAGUGCAGCUUUUGUCGCAAGACGAUCGAGCAGUCCGGCAUACGGAGACAGCCAGGGCUCUCAUUGGUCCAAGUCGAACGCGACGGUUUUCCCAUCCCUAGCCCUGGGGCAGACUUCGUUCUGCUCCCAAGAGACAGGCUGCACUUUACGGGCGUGAUCGAUUCUAUCCUGUCGCUCACGCAACUCGACGGACUGACGCUGUCCGAAGAAGAGGGGGGUGACUCGAUCGACCUGAACAAGCUGCGCACGGACGACGUGCUGGUGGAGGCGGUGGUGGCCAGCCGGUCCCCGAUGGUGGACAAAACGAUCCGGGACCUCCAGUUCCGCACGCGCUACAAUGCCAUCAUCAUUGCGGUGCACAGGCACGGCACGCGCAUCAACAGCGGCAUCGGCGACAUCGUGCUGGACGCCGGCGACUCCCUGCUCAUGGUCGCCUCCUCGGGCUUCGUCGCCAAGCACCGCAACAACUCCACCUUCGCGCUCGUAUCCCAGCUGACCGGCUUCACCGCCAUCCAGCGCAAGAAGGCGCCCUACGCCGCGGUCUUCGUCCUGCUGCUCGUCAUCUUCAGCGCCAUAGGCUAUCCCCUCAUCACGUGCGGGCUGUUCUCCGUGGCGGCCAUGCUGCUCACCAAGUGCCUGACGGUGCGCGACGCGCGCGAGUCCAUUGAGCUGGGCGUGCUGAUCAUGAUCGCGAGCGCGUUCGGCAUCAGCGAGGCGCUCGUGCGGUCCGGCGCGAGCCACCUGGUUGCCAAGGCCAUGAUGUCGAUGGCGUCGCCCUUCGGCUCGGUGGGCCUGAUCGCGGCGACCUACAUCGCGACGACCGUGUUUUCGUGCGCCAUCACCAACAGCGCGGCGGUGACCAUCAUGUUCCCGGUCGCCCUCAGCGCCGCGCAGCUCAACGGCCUCGACUUCAGGCCCUUCGCGUACAUCCUCAUGAUGGCGUCCUCCGCUUCCUUCAUGACGCCCACGGGUUGCCCGACUAACCUGAUGGUCUACACUCCGGGGGGGUACAAAUUCAUGGAUUACGUCGUCUUCGGGGGGCCCCUCCAGCUAUGGCUCCUCUUCAUUACGGUCGGGGUUACCGUAACCCUGGACUACUGGUGGAUCUGGUGGGGAGUGCUCAUCAUUGGGACGUGCGUGCUGACCCCGAUCCUUGCCAAGCAGUCGUGCAACUUCCCGAAGCAGGGGCGCAUCAUGAGCGACACCGACGCGGGCAGCGAGGGGGGCAAGGCGUUCUCGACGAGCGACGACGAGCCGGUGAAGGCGCAGAAGGAGAACGGGUCUUCCAUGAUCACGAUGUCGUCCCUUCCGACGUCAACCAUGGCCGGCAACGGCGUGCAUAUAGCCAUGAGCGGCGGUUUCUCGGUCGUGAAAGCCCCCGCCGAGAUCCAGUCGUCGACUUCGCGACGAAACAGUCUGAGCAUGGAGAAGAAGCUGCUAGACGAUCCGGGGUUCUCUGAGGUCCAAAUGUAA